AUGUUAAACAGAGCUACCCUUUUGGUCUUUCUUCUUGUUCUUUGCCAUGCAUUGGCAAAGGGUACGAGUUUCGCUGAAGAUGAAGAUUGGAGUAGCGAGAAGCAAGAGAGAGAAGGGAAAUGGUUGCCUGCAGAGUCAAGUGACUGGUUCUUGUUACGACGCUCGAAGCAAGUAAUCAAGACUGAUGCAGGCGAAAUGAAAGUUACGGAAAGCUAUGGCGGUAGGAUUGUGGACAAGCCUAUGCACAUUGGCUUCAUCAACAUGGAACCAAAGUCCCUGUUCAUUCCUCAGUACCUCGACUCUAGCUUGAUCCUUUUCAUUCGCAGAGGGGAGGCAAAGUUGGGAUUCAUCUACAAAGAUAAACUGGCAGAGAGGCGUUUGAAAACUGGGGAUGUGUAUAGAAUCUCAGCUGGUUCUGUAUUCUACUUGGUGAACACAGGGCGAGGCCAGAGACUUCAUAUUAUCUGUAGCAUUGACCCCUCUGAGAGCUUGGGAAUAGGCGUUUUCCAGUCUUUCUACAUCGGAGGAGGAGGAGCCUGCCCACCAUCAGUUCUUUCUGGGUUCGGACCUGAAGUCCUAAGAGCCGCUUUAAACACAUCAGGCCUUGAGCUAAGGCAAAUCCUCAAGGGGCAACACGAAGGGCCAAUCGUGUUUGUGGAUGACUCUCACGCCCCAAGCCUGUGGACGAAGUUCCUUCAACUGAAAGAGCACGACAGACUAGAACACCUCAAGAAAAUGGUGGACGAGCAAGCAGAAUCCGGUGAUGAUGAAGAAAAGGAGGAGGAGGCAGAGCAAACAGAUUGGUCAUGGAGGAAACUCGUGAAAUUUGUCUUUGGAUGUGAGAACAAGGAAAGAGAGAAGAGAUAUUUCGCUAAAUCUCCCGACUCCUACAACCUCUACGACAGCAAACCCGAUUUCAGAAAUAGAUUCGGUUGGAGCGUUGCUUUGGACGGCUCCAGUUAUUCCCCACUCAGACGCUCCGGCAUCGGCGUUUAUCUCGUCAAUCUCACCGCCGGAUCCAUGAUGGCACCGCAUGUGAAUCCAAGGGCAACAGAGUACGGCAUCAUUUUGUACGGAACCGGAAAGAUUCAUGUGGUGUUUCCAAACGGAACUGCAGCGAUGAGUGCCCACGUCAGAGAAGGGGAUGUGUUCGUCGUACCGAGAUACUUCCCAUUCUGUCAAAUCGCAUCCAGAUCUGGAUCAUUCGAGUUUGUCGGGUUCACGACAUCGGCGAGGAAGAACAGGCCUCAGUUUCUGGCGGGAGGAUCGUCGCUUCUCCACACCUUGUUGGGACCUGAGCUUGCAGCAUCGUUUGGCGUAAGUGAGGACAGGAUGCGGCGCGUGGUGAAAGCUCAGGGAGAGUCUGUAAUCCUACCAGCUGAAGGGGCGUCACCUGGAGACGUAGACGUAAGACGCGGGGAAGAAGAGGAUCGAAGGGAAGAACCAGGGAGGCAGAGACAGAUGCUGCGUUGAGUUUAUUUAUAGCUUUAAGAUAUGACUUUGAGCUCUGAUUAGAUUAUGAUAAUUAGGAAAAACAGAGUGGGAUUAGCGAGAAUAAAUUAUUUUGCUGGCUAGAAGCUAAGUCGCGUUGUCCGUUUUAUUUUUAUGUUUGGGAUUUCCUUUCUUUGUUCAGUUUCUGUUUACGAAUUUUCCU